CUUCACUUCACUUCGCUGUUCACCUGAGCUUUUCAGAGCUUUCAAGUUUCAAGAAGGUGCUGAUAAGUGAUAAGUAAUGAGUGAGUGUAGUGUAAGUUGAGCUUGAACUUUCAGAUGAGCUAUGUGCUAUUUAUUGAAGAAGACGUGUAGUUUUCGCUUAUAUGAAUGGUAAUGAACAACUACUAUUGAAGAAGUUUUUUUCAGUGUUUUUGGAAAAUGGAAAACGAAUUGUUCCCCAGUUCUUUUGACAACUUACCAUUUACAUCAUGUUAUAAUAAAAUGAAUCUUUCGUCAAAUGAAGUGGAAACACAAGAUCUGGACGAUUUGGAUUCACUUUUAAAUAAAUCCAAAACAGUACUGAUCGAAGAGUUAACUUUGAACAAGAGUAAAGUUGCCGAUCUCUCUGAAGAAUUUGACGAUGCAGAACUGAUCAAUCUGAUGGUCGAAGAAUUCACAGAAUUCCAAGUGAAGCAGCCAAAAUAUGCGAAAAUUUGCAACAAUUCCGAAAAAGCAAAGUCGAAAGUAUCUGUAUUUCAGUCGCGAUGUACUCGCUGUUCUAGAUUAUUUACAAGCGAUAAUAGAAUGAGAAAACACGUCCUUCAACAACACUCUCUACAUCCUGAAGAAUGUUACCACUGCGAAUUCAAAGCUGAAAGCAGACAUCAGCUCUAUCAACAUAUGGAGAGUCAUUUUACGAAUACUUUUUACUGUGAUUUUUGCGCCGAACAUUUCCAGUAUUGUAAAAAUCUGUUCGCUCAUUUAGAAAAACAUAUCAACGAUAGGUUCAAAUUCACGUGUGCUGAAUGUGAAAAUACAUUCGUGAGUAAAUUAUCGUUGACUAUGCAUUUAAGAACUCACACCGGAGAGAAACCAUACGCUUGCUCGUUCUGCGUCAAGAGAUUUUCUCAAUUAGCUUCGAAACUUUACCACGAAAAAACACAUACAGGCGCCAGUUCUCAUUUUUGCGAAUUUUGUAAAAAAGGAUUUAAAUCGAAAUUUAGUAGAGAUUCGCAUCAACGAAUACAUACUGGAGAGAGACCUUUUCAUUGCAACGUUUGCGACGCGACGUUUCGAUCAUCGAUGUCAUUAAGACAACAUAAACAGGUGCAUUCAGAUUUUAAACCGUUCACUUGUGAAGUUUGCGGCAAAAGUUUCAAUAGAAGAGAAAAAGUACGGAUUCACAUGAGAAUCCAUACCGGAGAUAAACCGUACGCUUGUAUCGUGUGUAGUAAAAGAUUUUGCCAGAAAAAUGAUAUGCUCAAACAUCAACGUGUUCAUGAGAAGCAGAUAUCAAUCGCUCAGACCAAAGCACCGUCGCCCAUUUCUCUAUGUUAUAACGGACAGAUUUUCGAAAUUCAAGACUACUUUUUGAACGCAAAUUUACGCGGAUCAGCUUUCAAGGGUAUUAAUCCUAAACGAAUGAAUCCAUCAACUCCGAUUAUAAUUAUGAAUUUCUUCGGUAAAGGUCGCUUUUAUCUGAAGCCUCGAUAUGAGGUCUUCGCUUCGUCUUACGGAUUCUGUUUUCCGUCAUUUAUCGCCAGUAAACCUCGUGUUAAUUACGUGAAACCAAAAUGUUACCAGUUCAGAGUUAUUAAUACAGCUUCGAAUUAUUACCAAAAGGAAGGCUGCCAGAAAUAUCAAACGCAAGAUAAAACAUGGACCGUGCCGAAUGUACUUUCUUUGGCCCGAAUCGCUGCUACUCCGUUACUAGCCUAUUAUGUAAUCAAUCUUGAUUUUUAUCCCGCUACUGGUAUUCUUGUUGGCGCUAGUAUAACAGAUUUUGUUGAUGGUUGGAUUGCUAGAUCUUUCAAAGGUCAAUCUUCAAAACUUGGUAGUUUUCUGGAUCCAUUAGCAGAUAAAUUAUUAGUAAUUACUCUGUAUGGCAGCAUGGCCUACGUGCAUGUUAUACCAGAUAUUCUGAUGGGUUUAAUUGUAUUCAGAGACGUCGCGUUGUUAUUAGCUGGUGUUUAUAUAAGAUAUAUUUCCAUACCAGCGCCUAAAACCAUUAAGAAAUAUUUUGAUCAUAAACAUUCUACAGCUCAGUUAUCGCCAACUUUACUUAGCAAAGUCAACACUGGUGUUCAACUUAUAACCGCUCUUCUUUCUUUGUAUGGAUCUGCGACUCCAAAUUUUCCCGAGGAGGUUCUAAUUUGCGCUUGGUGUUUGGCCGGACUUACGACGGUCUCGUCUGGCAUUUCGUAUAUAUUUGCAAAAAAUACGUACAAAAUAAUGAAAAACUGAUGUAAACGAUUCUAGUUUAUUUAAAAAAUAAAGUUUAACAAUCUCCUAAA